AUAAUAUUAAGUGAUGCUUUCUGCUGCUCUGAAUUCAGUUUGUGCACAGCUCGACUAAUAAGUGCAUGUCCGGCUUGGAAUAUCGAAUAAUGUUGCAGCAAUGGAUUUAUGUGUUUCUGCUGAUGUUUGGUCAUUCAUUGAGUGCCAAUAUCAGAGUGUCCAGGGAUGCUGCUCUCAAUGAGUUCAUCAUACUGCACAACAAUGAUAUGCAUGCCAGGUUUGAGCAGACGAGCAGGAAUGGAGGAGUCUGUUCACGGUACGACACGAGUAAAGACAAAUGUUUUGGAGGUAUAGCGCGUGUUGCCCACGAAGUGCGGAGACAUCGCGAGGAGGCAAAGAAUGGAGGAACUCCUGUGCUCUACUUAAAUGCGGGGGAUACUUACAGCGGCACCGCUUGGUUUACUCUCUUUAGGGAGAAUAUCACCAGCGCCUUUCUCAACAAGCUGCAGCCAGAUGCCAUGUCCCUUGGCAACCAUGAAUUCGAUGAGACUAUUCAAAGUGUUGUUCCAUUUCUCAAUGCUUUGUCAUUCCCUGUGCUGGUCUCUAACAUGGAUAUGACCAACGAACCCGAAUUACUGGCCACCAACAAAUUGAGCAAUUCAACUGUGCUCAAUGUGAAUGGCGUUAAAGUAGGCAUCAUCGGUUACCUAACAAAUCAGACAAAAGACGAUGCACACAUCAAUGUGGAGUUCAAGGAUGAAGUCGAGAGCAUCAAUACCGAGGCGACAAAGCUGAAGGAUAAGGGAAUCAAUAUUAUUAUUGCUCUGGGACACUCGGGCUACCAGAAGGAUCUGGAGAUUGCCAGAGAUUGUCCAGAGGUUGAUAUUGUCAUUGGUGGACAUUCGCACACAUUCCUCGACUCGAGUCAACCCGUUGCAGAUAUAGCAGACACCAAUCCCGAGGCUGUUCGUGGUCCUUAUCCCACCACGGUGACACAGUCAAGUGGCAAGAAGGUGCCUGUGGUGCAGGCUUAUGCUUACACUAAGUACUUGGGAAAACUGAAAGUGCAGUUCGAUGGCGAUGGAAAUCUGGUCUCUUUUGAUGGCUCUCCAAUAUUGCUGAAUGCUUCGAUUGCUCAGGAACAGGAUGUGUUGGAUUUACUUGAUGCUUACCGCCCCGCUAUAGCAGCAAUUGGAGAGAGAAUAAUUGGCUUUACAAAGGUCGACCUAGAGGGUGGCAAAGUGUGCCGCCAGCGAGAGUGCAAUUUGGGUAACUUAAUCACCGAUUCGAUGGUAUACGCUCGAGUAUUGGAGAAUAAGGGCGGUGAUUAUUGGACAGAUGCUGCGGUGGCCCUGAUGGGUGGAGGAGGCAUACGUGGUCCGAUCGAUAAGAAUGCUGAGGGAUCGAUUACUCUGCGGGACAUUAUGGAUGUGCUUCCCUUUACGAAUCGUUUGGUCUUGACUCGCAUCUCGGGUCAAACAUUGCGCAACGCCUUGGAGCGUGCUGCGACUCUGUGGAGCACAGAUGCAAGUGGGGGCUUUCUGCAGUUGUCUGGAAUUCAUGUGGAGUACGACUUCGAACGUGGAUCGGGACAACGUGUCGUCUCCGCUUCUGUGUUGUGCGCUCAGUGUCGAAUUCCAUCGUACAGCGCUCUUAAUGAAACGGAUUUCUAUAAUAUAAUUACAACCGAUUUCGUUCUAAGUGGUGGUGAUGGAUUUGAGCUGCUUGAGAAGGAGAAUCCACACACAGAGGUCUUGCACAAGGGCGAUAUCGAGGCUCUGCAACAAUAUUUGCAGCGUGCACCGAUUGUUUUUCCCCAUCUCGAGGAGCGCAUUGUGUUCAAGAUAGCCACAAAUACUGAAUAGAUGAUGACUUUUGGAUUUCAAACAAAGAUUUAGGUUUGUUUUGUGAAUUAAAUACGUUAGAUUAGCUUAUAGUAUAUAAAAAUGAUUCUAUGCAACGUCUCACGUACUUUUUAGUUAAUAUAUAAAGGCAAGUCUGCGUUUAAUAAAGCAAUCAUUUGUCGCAACAGAAA